CUUAUAUAUCGAUGUGAUGAACUUGAAAUUUACUCUAUGAUAUAUAUGUAUAUAUAUACACCACUAUAUAUAUUACGAUAUUUUAUUGCGGUGGUUAUUUACCUACCAUCUGAGCGGCAAAGAUAACCUCAAAGUUUUAAAAACUCAGUACAUUUCCGCGUUGAAGUUCAUUAUUGCGGAGAGACAUUAAAUUAAUCUAAUCGGAAAUUUCGAAUUUAAGUACAGAUCAAAUGUUUUUUUGAACGAAGUCAGGAUCGUGAAAAUUGUUUGAAAGUUCCGAUUAAACGAGUACUCUCGACCCUUAUGGGGGUGUCUCUGUGACACUGGACUUGUCGCGAUAUUUGCUCAAGACACUCAGACUCAAGGUUACGUGAAAGUUUGUUGAUCUUUAUACUUUGGGAUUUCGCGAUGUUUUGAAAGAAUUUGAAGUUUUUGGAGCUGUGAAAAAAUGGCACCACCGCCUGUCGUGACCGGAAUAUCACCCAAAGAAGGCCCUCCAGGUACUCGAGUGACAGUUCGGGGUGAAUUUCUGGGUACCAAAGCCCAAGAUCUUAUAGGACUCACAAUAUGUGGCUGCGAUUGUUUACUUUCUGCGGAAUGGAAGUCCCCGAACAAAAUCAUAGCACGUUCCGGAUUGUGCAAAGGCCGAGGAGAUAUUUUGGUAACAACAAGAAGCGGAGGUCAGGGAAGUUCGACCGUCCAAUUUAGGGGGUACCAUGAAACUAUCGGGCCAAUGAAAGAGUCAGCGGUGUGGGUGGAAGAAGCUCCGGUCCAGAGUUUUGUCUGGGGCAGACGAGCUCUCUCGCCGACAAAUUAUCAACAAGAAGAUCCGCUGGGCCUCAGUGUAGAAGGAAACGAAAAAAAAUUCCCAGAGGAUGAACUUUGCGAACUUUUUGGCGACUGCUCUGGAGAAUUGACUAGUGAAAAAUUUCAUCCCGGUUGGUUUUUGUUGCAACAUCAUCAUGCCACAACGCUCGACGACCUCAAAGCUGGUUUGGCUUAUUUGAGGCGUAAAGUAAACUCUCAGAAGGAAGGGCAAUUAUCUUUUCUCAAGGCAAACGUUGGAGCGGUGAUGGAGCAAUUGGAAACGAUUGUACUUCUGAAAGAGCAGUUUGACUCGGACGUGAGAAAGUUUGGGAAUAAUCCAACGGACAAACUGGAAUCUGCGAUAAAAAUAUCAAUGACGGAGGCGAACAAGCUUUUUGAGGAUGUUUUGGCACGCAGAGAUCGUGCAGAUUCGACGAGAAGUGCACUCGCUUUGAUGCAACGUUAUCGAUUUCUAUUUUGCAUGCCUGUCAACAUCGAGAAAAAUAUAAAACGUGGCAAUUAUGAUCUCGUCAUAAACGAUUACGCUCGCGUCAAAAAUUUGUUCGGCAACACGGAAGUCGAGAUUUUCAAAAAAGUUCUCGAUGAGAUCGAAGACAAAAUUUCUCAACUGAGGACCAUACUGAGAAAAAAACUCGAGGAAACUCCCUUUGCACUCGAAAGACAGAAAAAAAUUAUUAGAAAUCUCGUUAAUCUCGAGGCUAAUGGAGAUCCGGCUUGGGAUGCGAUUGUUUCCCACGCAGCUUAUCUGGACAAAAGCAUUAAAAGUUGCCUGCAGGAUUUCCUCAGUUCGGAUGGUUCAGGAGCAGGUGACGAGAGCGCAAAAUCACAAAAAGCGAGUUUGACGCCAGUUUCAGUGGAUCGUUUGCGUCUCCAGCGUAACGAUGGGAAUUACAACGUGCCAGCGCGUGUGCAAUGCAUCGAGGCUUUGUGCGACGUCGUGGCGGAGCAAUUGCCAGAUUUGUGGAGAUUGGGGCAAAGUUAUUUCACCGGACAAUUGCACGUGUCAGUCGACACAGAAAAACAGAUACCGUUCAAAAAUUUGGUGCUCUCUUGCAUCCAGCACGCGAGUGAAGCGAUGAGAGAAUCCUGCUCGUCGAACGUGAGUCCGGCGUGGCUGCUGCACAGCCUUCGUUCUAUAAGACAAAUGUACGCUGCCCUCAUUCAUCUCGAUUUGCCGAGCGAGGCUCUCGAUAUUUUCGGAAAAUUCCUCUUCGACCUUCGACUCCAAUGCCUCGUUGGACUUUUUCGACAAACUGCUGACAAUAUUUCUGGACUACAGCGCAAGGAAACUUGGCAAUUGGAAUAUUUGCCCAACGAAGACGGUGGCAUUACUAAAUUGCCCUGUUUAUUCGAAGAAAUGGUGACCGAAGUCUCGGAAUUGGCACGGGAGACCGCGAUUGCUUGUGGGCCAAGAGAAGGUCCGUUGCUCGCAAAUCCUGUGCAACAAUCUCUUUAUCACAACGCUGUGAAAACGCUCUUCGUGUCGUUUUCUCGAACGUUACAACAGUUGGCGUUCAGCGGUAGCGAGGAAGCCGCCGAGGAGGAUGAUCCUUCGGUCAGCCAACUCGUUGGUUCGCCGUCCUGUUACAGAAUUCGGGAAAGUAAAAACCGCGGACUUGCCACUCCGACCUGGGAAAAGUGCUUAUUGAUCUCACUGAGCAACAUUCGUUACACCUUGAACGUCGUCCUGCCUCGAGUGGUGACAGGACUUAAAUCACGUGGUUACCCUGAUCUGACGAUCGCCGAAGGCUGGCGAAGCGAUUGGACGCACUUGGAGACUCUGGACGGGGCAGUUCUCGAAGCCUAUUUGGAAAGACGCUGCGAUCCCCUCGUCGGGACAAUCGAACCGAGCAUGUAUCUCGGCGGUUUGGAAUGGGACUCUGAAAUAGAACCUACUCAUGUCAGACCUUAUGCGCGCGAAGCCUUGGCCAAUCUGAUAGCGGUUCAUGCCGAAGUGAAUCGUGUUUCACCGGGCCUGCUCAAACGCGUAUUAUCCCACAUCGUCGAGACAAUUGCCGAAGAAUUAGCGCGACUGAUGUCUUGUGUGACGAAAUUCGGUCAACCCGGAAUAAUCCAAGCCCGAGCCGACAUCAUGAUGCUGCAAAAAACUUUGGACGCUUAUUGCACACCGAGAGCGAAGAGUUUCUUCGAAGAAGCCCUCGACGCGGUCCCUCAACCAGCGAGCAAAGAUUCCUUGAGGAUCGAAGCACUUUUGAGCAAAGUAACAGCUUCGAUGCAGCUGCAAAUAUGCUGCCUCGCUGAUCGUUCGCAAUCCAAGAUCAUAUUGCAAGAAGAUCCUCUCCGAACGACGACUGUAUGAAAUUUUUUCAUUUCACACAAAAGCUACUGUAUAUUUAAUUCAUAAUUGUACGCUCAAUAAAUUCUAUGAAAAAAAUUCAUUUUUAAACGCAUAA